CCUUUUUCUUUGGGUGUCCUCCAGUCUUCACCUCUAUUCUCUCCGACUAGGAUAACUGCGCCGUUACUAGUAUCCACGCCGGCGCCGGCGUAGCUUUUUAUGAUAGUUCUUAAGAUGAACAUUUCAUGAUUUGCAGGCUGUAUAUGAUCUUGAUUGAAAUUUGAAUUUGAAUUUGAAGACACACUUCAUCUCUUUUAGCAAAUUGAAAUUGGUGAGCUGCAAAAUAGCCCGGACCCAUAAGAAAAAUCGACCAUGUUUGGCGCCCGCGCCCUUUCACUCUCUACAUUUGUGUCAAUCCGAUCAUCAUCAACUCCAAGGUUUAUUGUCAGAAUGUCUGCAGCUGGAACAAAACAAUCGGUAUCUCUUCCUAUAAAACCGCCAUCACACCCUACUUAUGAUUUGAAGGGUGUCAUCAAGCUUGCGCUGGAUGAAGAUGCUGGGGAUAAAGGGGAUGUGACCUGUAUUGCUACAAUACCUGCUGAUAUGGAAGUGGAAGCAAGUUUCCUGGCUAAGGAGGAUGGAAUCAUUGCUGGUAUUUCACUUGCAGAGAUGGUAUUCAAAGAGGUUGAUCCUUUGCUUAAGGUUGAAUGGUCUGUUAAAGAUGGAGAUCGCGUUCAGAAAGGACAACAGUUUGGCAAAGUGUAUGGACUGGCUCAUAACAUUGUUGUAGCUGAAAGAGUUGUCCUUAACUUUAUGCAGAGGAUGAGUGGAAUCGCAACUCUAACUAAGGCGAUGGCAGAUGCUGCAAGUCCAGCAUAUAUAUUGGAAACAAGGAAAACAGCUCCUGGUCUACGCCUGGUGGAUAAGUGGGCGGUAUUAAUAGGUGGAGGACAGAAUCACAGGAUGGGUUUAUUUGAUAUGGUAAUGAUAAAAGAUAAUCAUAUUUCCAUUGCUGGAGGGGUGAAGGAAGCUCUCAAAUUAGUUGAUGCAUAUUUGGAGCAAAAUAAUCAUCAUAUGGGUGUCGAGGUUGAGACAAGAACUCUCGAUGAGGUUCAUGAAGUAAUACAAUAUGCAUCUGAAACAAAAACAUCGUUAACUAGGAUAAUGCUGGAUAAUAUGGUUGUCCCAUUAGGAAACGGGGAUGUUGAUGUUUCAAUGCUGAAAGAGGCCAUAGAUAUAAUUAACGGGAAAUUUGAGACCGAGGCAUCUGGAAAUGUUACUCUUGACACAGUACAUAAUAUUGGACAAACUGGAGUGACCUAUAUUUCGAGCGGCUCCUUGACUCAUUCGGUGAAAGCACUCGACAUCUCCCUUAAAAUUGAUACAGAGCUCGCUCUUAGGGUAGGGAGGCGAACCAAACGAGCCUGAUUAAUCUCGGAUUAAUCUCUGUUUUAUUCUUCUUUAGCUACUAAUAAUCAUGCAUUCCUCCACUAUGAAUGAUUGAAUAAUUAAGGUAGAGAAAAAUCGAUAGAUUUUUAAUGUAUCUAAAUGGAAGGAUGAUGCAAUUUCACGGCCUUUUCAUCUCCCGUUAAUAUAUUUUUAAAUCUAAUUUGA